UUAAAUGUAUUUGGCUAAGGUGUAUGUAAACUUCUGACUUCAACUUUAUAUAAUAUACCUUUCUCAAUGUCUAUCUUAAUGCAGUGAACAAGUGUUCUAUGAUGUCCCUAAUUGCAUUAGCUUAUUUAUAUUAAUGAAUGCAAAAACAUGUUAAUUGUCAGAGACAAUUACUAGACUUUGAUUGAUACACUAUAUGAUCAAAAGUAUGUGGACACCUGCUUGUCCAACAUCUCAUUCCAAAAUCAUGGGCAUUAAUAUGGAGUUGGUCCCCCCUUUGGUGCUACAACAGCCUCCACUCUUCUGGGAAGGCUUUCCACUCGACAAUUUCAAGUACAAUAAUAAUGAAUGAAGACAAAUGAUCGUAAAAAGAAUGCAGAUCAUAGAUAGACUGCGAACACCUUAGGAUUCUCUCAGUGCCGUUACUAAUAUAGACAUCUAAGUUGAUUUCAAGUCUGAAUCGGACCUACUUCCCAUUUAACUGUCAUUGUUGCACUGGGUUUAGGCUACAUGUGAGUUUCAGUCUGGUGCUGUGGAAAAGUUAAGGCAAACAUGAUUUCCUUAAUCAUAUGGCCCACUUACUUUAAACCAACACAGAGAGAGUGUGGUUGGUUGCCCAUUCAAGUGGUGCAGAUCAGAACCUGAAAUCCCCCCUCUCUUUUCCAGCCUCAGUAACAAGCAUGGAAAGAGUGAAGAACAUGUGCAGCACUAGCAGUGUGGUGCACUGGCUAGCCAGCCUGACCCUGACCUUGACCCUGGUAGGGAGUGUCCACCCCAUGCCUGUGACCGUAGACCCGGUAUGCACGGCGGACGCCACUGCCAAGUACAGUCUGACAUUUUCAGGAAAGUGGAGCCAGAACUCCUUCCCCAAGCAGUACCCAAUCUAUCGCCCCCCUGCCCAGUGGUCCCCACUCAUUGGUAAGGCAAAUACUCUUAUUAGCUUGUGCUCCUCCAGAGGUGAUGUAACUCUCCUUACGUUCCUAUACUGUAAUAGAUUUCUAUAUUCAUGAGUAAAACAUGGUAUGACAAAAAAAAUGACACUCGUAGAAAAAAGGGUUCCAAAAAGGUCCCCAUAGAAGAACCCUUUUUGAUUCCAGUUAGAACCCAGUAAGGUUCCAUGUAGAAGGGUUCUACAUGGAACCCAAAAGGGUUCUACCUGCAACCAAAAAGUGUUCUUCAAAGGGUUAUCCUAUGGGGACAGCUGAAGAACCCUUUAAGGUUCUAAAUAGCACCUUUUUUUCUGAAAUUGUAGACAUCUGGUAAAUGUAUGGUGGUAGACAAACACCUGGUACAUUUAUGGUAGUAGACAUGCAUUGCAGAUGUCCCCUUUCCCCUACAAUUUAUAACCCUUUGAGCACAUGGAAAAGUGCUAUAUGAAUCCAAUUAAUUACCAUUACUAUUAGGUUACAGUGUGCCUGAAACGUAAACCCCUCAAAUACUGUACAAUCUGAGCUGCCAAUUAAGAGCUAGACAAACAUGAGGAAAGAAUGUAAUUUAUUGCAAUGUGUGAUUCCUCCAUUCCAGGGGUGACCCACAGUUCAGACUAUCAUAUUUGGCAACGAAAUGAGUUUGCCAGCAACGGGGUAAGGGAGUUCUCUGAGAAGGGCGAGGCCUGGACUCUGAUGAAGGAGGUGGGGGCGGCUGGGGAAAACAUCCAGAGUGUCUACGGGCUGUUCUCCACUCCAGCCGUGGUCAGGGGAACGGGUCAGAUGACCUCAGAGUUCGAUGUCUUCGCAAGGCACUCUUUCCUGUCCUUCGUAGUGCGGAUAGUUCCCAGCCCAGACUGGUUCCUGGGAGUAGACAGCUUUAACCUUCGUGAAGGAGAGCAUUACACUGGAGCGGUACCCCUACGAUGCAGGCACUGACAGCGGCUUCACCUUUUCCUCUCCCAACUUUGAGACCAUUCCUCAGGACAAAGUC